ACUGCAUAGUCUUCUCUUUGUUUGUUCCUUCUUCCACUAGUCCAUUUCCCUUACAGAUCCCUCUCCACAUCAACAUUCACCCCUUUUCUUGCACACAGUCACACAGUAUUCACGCUACACUCCCAUAAACAAACACAAUAGUCCCUCAUUUCUUGUUUCUUCCUUCCAUGUCCUUUUCUCUUAUGUAAUUUCGUUGAUAUAACAAAUCUCUCUGCAACUAUAUGGAUCUCUAACAAAACUACUCUUCCAUCAUCACCCUUCUAAUUUCUUUACCUUACCAUUCUUCUUCUUCCCCACUAGUCCAUUUUCUUUCAUCCCCAUCACAAAUUAAUCUCUCUGCAAAUUUAAUACUAUGCAUCUUUAAUACUCUUCCAAGAUCACCCCUUUCUUCCUCAACAAACGCACAGUCACAGUAUUCAUACUAGACUUCCCAUUCUUGUUUCAUCAUUGACAAAUCUGUCUGCAAAUUUGCAUCUUUAACUGUUUCAACAUCACAAUAGUGUUUAUCUAUCACCAUUCUUGUUUCUUCUUCUUCUUCUUCUUGCACAUUCGUCCAUUUAUAACAAAUCUUUAUGCAAAUAUGCAUCUCUAAACACUUUCAAGAUUACCCCUUUCUUCCUCAACAGAUUCACACAUUAGAUUCCACAACCCCACUAGUCACUUUUCCUGUUUCAUCCCUCACAAAUAUCUCUAACAUUCAUCCUUAAUACUCUUCCAACAUUACCCCUCACUGCACACUCUGUUCACACUAAACACCACACUCCCACCAGUAACCAUUCUUGUUUUCUUGCCUGUUCUCUCUGCAAAUAUGCAUGUUUAACUCUAUUAAGAUCACACCUUUAUUCAACAAAAAUGCCUCCAGAAAACCCAUUUCCACCUCCUCUAACCCCCCUCCCUAUCUUCCCCACCACCUACCUCCCACCCCCACCCCCACCACAUCACCAUACCCACUCCCCUCUCAUCCCACCCUUCAUAGCUGCUGCCUUUGCCUUAACAUUCUUCAUAGUUGUUGCCAUCAUUUAUCGCAAAUUCUCGCGUAACAGAACAGUCCCUACAGAUCUAAAGUCACCUCCACCACCCCACAAGUACUCCUACUCCCUCCUACGCAAAGCCACAAGCUCAUUUAAUACUGCUAAUCGUCUUGGCCAAGGUGGAUUUGGUUCUGUUUACAAAGGUGUCCUUCCUUCAGGACAGGAGGUAGCCGUGAAGCUAAUGGACGCUUCAGGCUCCCUCCAGGGCGAGAGAGAGUUCCAUAAUGAACUCGCUCACGCCUCGAGGAUAGACACUACGUCUUGUCAGCACGUAGUGCCUAUCCUCGGGUACUCCUCUGAUGAACAUAGUCAUCAUCGGAGGAGUAGGAGAAGAUUAGUUCUUGUAUAUGAGUAUAUGCAUAAUGGGAGCCUUCAAGAUGCUUUGUUAGAUCGAAAGUGUCCUGAGUUAAUGCAAUGGAGAAAGAGAUUUGAUGUUAUUAGUUCCAUUGCAAAGGGUGUUGAGUAUCUUCAUUACUCUUGUGAUCCUCCUAUUGUACAUGGAGAUAUCAAGCCUUCUAAUAUAUUGUUGGAUUACAAUUUCGAUGCGAAAAUAGCUGACUUUGGCUUAGCACAGUCUUUGACUAAAGAUGAUCAAGUUGUUGAAUCUUUCAUUGAAGGUGAGGAAGGAGUUGAGAAGGUGGCAAAAGGAGAAGUUUUUGAGAAUGUGGAGGAAAACGGGUCGAUUCUUGAAGGAAAUGAGAGUGUGGUGACAGAGGAGGUUGUGAUAAAUGCUGAUCAGUUGGCAGAGAGUUGUUCACCUGAGGUGGGAGUUCCAUCAGAGGGGAUGGAAAAGACUAGUGUUUCUGAGGGUUUCUUGGAUGGGGUUAGUGUGGAUAGUGGAAUAUUGAAAGGGAUUGGGAGGGGAAGUAGUCAAUCAGGCAGAGAUUGGUGGUGGAAACAGGAAAAUGUGAAUGGUGGAUCGGAUUCCGGGAGGAUUAAGGACUAUGUGAUGGAAUGGAUUGGUAGUGAGAUCAGAAAAGAGAGGCCUAAGAAGGAUUGGAUCGCGACCUCAAGUGCAGCCGAAGAUAUUGCCAAAGGAGGGGGGCAACAGAAGCAAAGAAAGAAGCUUGAAUGGUGGGCAUCUUUGGAUGAGGAGAGAAUUAGGAAAGAAAAGAAGAAUAAUAGGAAGCCAAGAGAAUGGUGGAAGGAAGAGUUUUGUGAGGAGUUAGCCAAGAAAAAGAAGAAAAGGGAUCUCAAAGGGGGAGGAGAAAUGUGGUGGCAAAGGGAUGAAGAGUUAGUGCCCGAAAGAAAAAGGAGGAAAAGUAGGGGAAGUAGGAGUAGUAUUGACUGGUGGCUUGAUAAUUUCAGUGGCGAAUUUCGGAUUGGAAGACGAAAUAGUCAAGAUUUCGCCAGUGGAGAUAUUCCCAAGAGUGGAGGUGUGAGUAGUACUCCUAGCAUGAGAGGAACCGUAUGUUACAUCGCUCCAGAAUAUGGCGGUGGAGGACAACUAUCCGAGAAAUGCGACGUGUACAGUUUUGGUGUUCUGUUAUUGGUUUUAGUCUCGGGGAGAAGGCCACUCCAAGUUACAGCUUCUCCUAUGUCAGAAUUUGAGAGGGCUAAUCUGGUUUCAUGGGCUAGGCAGCUUGCUCAUUCAGGCAAGCUUUUGGAUCUUGUUGAUCCCAAUAUUCAGUUACUGGAUAGAGAACAAGCAUUACUUUGUAUCACAAUUGCACUACUAUGUUUACAAAGAUCGCCUAACAAGCGCCCCACGAUGAAAGAGAUCGUUGGGAUGCUUUGUGGUGACUCUGAGCCACCCCAUUUGCCAUUUGAGUUUUCCCCUUCACCGCCAUCCAACUUCCCUUUCAAGUCCCGGAAAAAAGCCCGGUGAGUUCAUAGAGUGUUCGAACCGUUUAAUCAACAGUAGCUUAAUUUGCACUGUUCAAUGUAAUCUUCAUGUAUUAUUGUGUAGAAACUGUUAGAAGAAAAGCAAAAUGGAAGCAAAAUGUCAUUAUUUCUUAUCA